UUAUCACGCAUUUUGUUGCAAUGCCUGAAUAGUUUUAUUGAUAAUAGACAGUCAUCACUUCGUGAGGCAUUCUUUUGUGCGAGUAAUAUUUUAAUUUUGCCUUUUAAAAUGUGCUUUCGAGUGUUAAUUUUACUGUCGUUAGUUUUUAAUGUUUAUAAGUGCUCUUAUAAGGAUGAUAAUGAGCUGAGCAUGAUAAACUUGAAUUGCAUUUUUCAAGAUUUCGAAAGUGAUCCAUAUGGAUGUAAAGCUUCACAUCUCUCUGUAAGCUCUCGAAAAACUACGAUUCAGAAAGUCAUUCACGGUAAAGGCAAAAGCUACAACGAGAUAUUAACUUUUUAUGCAUAUAAUCCGAAUAUAACUUUCAUUCCAAAAGGAAUUGGUGACUAUUUUCCAAACCUCCAAAGAUUCAUCAUUACAAAAUCUCGAUUGCGUCACAUUGAAUGGCGAGAUUUCAGGAACAUGAAGAACUUGAAAGUUUUGUCUCUUAACGAAAAUAAAAUUGAGCGAAUUUCACAAUGUGCAUUUCAAUAUUUGGAGAACUUAGAAAGCAUAAGUCUUGAUGGAAAUCAAAUUAAAGCGCUUAAUGAAAGGCAUUUUAUGAAUUUACCAAAUCUAGUUACAGUCUCGGCAAAUGAUAACAGCAUAACAGAAUUAGAAACAGAUUUAUUUCAAAAUAAUUUAAAAUUGAAGGAUAUUCUAUUCAGAAAUAAUCAACUUAAAGCAAUUCGGAUAAAUUUUCGACAGCUACGAAGUCUAGGAAUGGUUGAUCUUCAAUCAAAUAAAUGCAUCAGCAUAAAGUUUGAGUGCUGUGAUUAUUUUAGUGAAUUUAUUGGAAAUAUUACUCAAAAAUGUGAAGGUCCGGGAAUUUGUAAUUAAAUUAUUGGAAAAUAAAUUGAAUUUUU